GAUUUAAUCUAUUUGGAUCCAGAUUGUGACCUCUCCAGCCAAAGGUUGCUGGAAACUCUUUUCUCGCCCCGUGUCGAACGGGUAUGUGAGAAUCUUAUCUUCUCGCGGUGACUGGUGUUACCCCCCUUGGACUUUGGACAGUGACAUGGCGCUAAGCAGGACGCUUAGAGAACCGACACCUGAUUACCCACGCGUCCAGCUGUCACUGGCUACAACCUGAACGGCAAGUUACAACAUCCACAGCAGCAACAUCGUCAGUGAACAUGGACAUGGUGCUCGGCUGCCGCUUCCUGGUGGUCCUAGCGGGGUGGGUCUUAAUGACCCAGGCUUCCCCAUUAACUUUCUCCCCGAGAGGCGGCUACAGGGCGGCUGUGUAUGAACACGCGGUCCACAUACCCUGGAGCUGUCUGCUGGUACCUGUGUCGAGGGGAGAGGCUGUCAGACAGAUGAUGAAGAACAUACAAGUCUACAAGAUGCAGGCGGCUGCUGCUGCUAGAGAGGGUGCUGAUAUCAUAGUAUUUCCUGAAGAUGGGAUAUAUGGCAUGAUAUUCAGCCGGAAUACCAUCAAACCAUUCCUGGAAGAAAUCCCCGACCCCCGCAUUACCGAAUGGAAUCCAUGCGUGACUUCCGGUAGCGACAUCGACGUCACAAUACAACGGGAGCUAAGCUGUAUAGCGAGGGAUAACGCAAUGUAUGUUGUAGCAAACAUGGGUGACAGGAAACCAUGUAACCAUAGCAACGACCCUAAGUGCCCAGAAGAUGAUCAGUAUCAGUACAACACCGAUGUAACCUUUAACCCGGAAGGAGUUCUCGUCGCCAGGUAUCACAAGCGUCAUCUGUUCAAGGAAAAUCAGUUUGAUACGCCGCCAUUAGAACUGGCCACUUUUGAGACACCGUUUGGGAAGUUCGGUCUAAUCACUUGUUUUGAUAUCUUGUUCUACGAUCCUAGUGUAGAGCUGAUCCAGAAGGAAGGGGUGCGAAACAUCAUCUUCCCGACGGCCUGGAUGGACCGACUUCCAUAUCUGGCAGCGGUGGAGUUUCACUCUGCUUUCGCCAAGGGCCUUGGGGUCAACGUCCUCGGGGCCAAUAUACACUACCCGGUGUAUAAAUUCCACGGCAGCGGCAUCUACACUCCAAAGGGGUCGGUAACAUACUACUACAACGACAGUAUCUUCAGCGGGGGUAAAUUGUUGGUUGCUGAUGUAGAUUCUAUAGAGACAGAUAUGCAAUAUCCGCUUGGGUAUUUGCAGAGGAAUAGAGAAAAAUGGCGUGUUGUUAAAAUGAAACAAAAUAAGAGAGAGACGUCAGAGGACAGAAUUCCAUCUCUUGUAUCUGAAGAACGUUUAGCUGACACGACUGACACGCUUGUUGACAGGUUUAAUGUCUCCAGAUUGUCUUCCCUGCCACGUGAGAACUACACGUUUGUGGCCCUGGAACACCAUGCUGGGAAUCAAAGUGCUUGUAGAGACGAGGUGUGUUGCACGGUGGUGUACAGCAGGGAGAACACCUCUGCCCAUGAAGAUUUAUUUGUUUUGGCAGUAUUUAAUGGUUUAGAUGACGGGCGUUUCACCCAGAUCUGUUCCGUGUUGAUGUGCCCGGGUAAUAAUAUGUCCAAUUGUGGGGAACCAGUGACACGAUCAAGCUCUAUGUUUAACUUCGUGGAAAUUAGUGGGAACUUAUCAACACCAUAUAUUUUCCCAGAAGUGCUUGUUUCUAAUGGAGACUAUAUCGGACUUGUGCAAGGAGAAUGGACUUUUACAGACAGAGUUCUUCAUGGAGGAAAUGGAUUUUCCAAACCACUUAUCACUGCAUCUUUGUUCGGUCGCCUAUACUCUAGAGACAACUCCACUCUGACGUAGAUCCUUGUAAUGAGCGAAUGAUUUUACGCCGCUUCAUGCAAUAUCAGCAACAUCACAGCAAGUGAGUGAGUGAGUUUAGUUUUACGCCGCUUUGAGCAGUAUUUCAGCAAUAUGGGCUACAGAAAUGAUGGGCUUCACACAUUGCCCCCAUGUGGGGAAUAGAACCUGGGUCUUCGUCUUGACGAGCGACGCUUAACCACUUGGCUUUUCCACUACCACCACCACGGCAAGGGAAAUAUAGGUUUUCAAACCUUAGGUGACGAUCGAACGCUUCCACCACAGGGCCAUUCCACCAACCUCACCGCAGGUCGUUCAGCGUUACCUUCAGAAUCCCCAUAAUUCAUUUAGCCGCAGUGCAGGGAAAUGAAAGAAGAUAAACUUUUACCGGAUUUUUAAGGUAGUCAACAAAACAAGAUAUCUGUUUACACUCGACGGUCGUGGUUGUCUGGACAGUUUUAUGUGAUAUCUUCAAUAAACUUCCAAUCUGACACAUACACAUAUGUAAUUGUACAUUAAAUAUACUGCAGCAAGACUUACGUCUUAUAGAAGCUUUCACAAGAUGAAGAUUAAAACCAAGUUCCCUAACCAAACAUUUGUUUGAUUUCGUCUUUAAAUAAAACAAUAUGUCCAAACAAACAAGAAAAGACACAACAAACCUAAACCUUAUGUUAGAGGUAGCCCACUGGAUUGUAAAACAAACCAUAAUCACAUGAAAACUACAACGACAAGGUACAAAUGCACAACAUAAUCAAACUUUGUGAACAGUUCUGUCUCGUUUGUCGACGCUGUACACAGGGGCGAUGGGGUAGUCUAGUGGUUAAAGCGUUGGCUCGUCACGCCGAAGACCCGGGUUCGAAUCCCCACAUGGGUACAACGAGUGAAGCCCAUUUCUGGUGUCCCCCGCCGUGAUAUUGCUGGAAUAUUGCUAAAAGCGGCGUAAAACCAAACUCAGUCAGUCAGUCAGUCAAGAACUCGUGUCGCUGGUAGGCUGUAUGUGAAAGGCUAGUAGCACAAGCGAAGUUCCCACCAGGAGGAAGAUGUAUAACAUUCAGUGUAUAGGUAAACUGUAUUGUCUG